CUCAUACGUACAUAAACCCAGCGGAUUAGACCUUUCCAAACCACGUCGAACCCGUUGGCAUCACAGAUUGUCUUCUCAUGUACGCUGGUCAGUUUGAUGAUCCAUCGCCUGCCUACACACCGACCGGUGCUCGUGCCGCCACACCUCCGGGAACAAGCUUGUGGCCUCUAGGAUUGAACAGCAAGAGUAAUGGAAAACGGAGAGCACCUGCUGCCGCGAGACAUUUCUCAACACAAUCUAUAGACAGUCUCGCCACUGCCGGUGGGGAUGUUGAGAAGACGGUCUUCACCUACACACUCACCGCUGGCUCUGCUGAAAUCCACUUCAUCAUAUCCGUUGAACCUGCACCGGACCAUGCGCCACAACAGUACAUCAUCUUCCUCUCCUUGAAAACAGGAUGCGUUGAGAGACCACUAUGUCAGCCAGUGCCCAUGAAGCUCGCCAUCAGCCCCCGAGACCUCCGAUUCGCUGUUUUCAUGUUUCCCCCGCGGCCAUGUCUUCCCCAGGGAUGCCUAUGGUCUUUGCGGGUAUGGCUUCGAGGGAAUGAAGUUGACCAUCGAAUAUUUUCCGAGGACCGACUAUGGGUGGGACGGGAUCCAGACUUCUUCUCUAUCGAGCAUGCUAUGUUUGCUAGACUAAGAAGUACGACCCAGGAAGCACAAGUAUAUCGCACAGUCAUCGGGCGAGCACUUGUAGAGAUGAUAGUCCGGUGGAAGCCAGUAACAAAUUCAGUAUGGAGUUUGAGCCUUGAAUACGAUGCCGAGGGCGUUGGCCGCGUGCUGUUCUCAGACUUCCUGGUCCGACUGGAAUCAUGCAGCCCUCAGAACGUCCAAUUCGUCAUAUAUACCAUCCCUAUCCACUCAACACCACGCGGAGCAUCCCAUCGACUGCGAAUAUGGCUACGCGCCCCUCUACCUUCACCUUAUCCCUCUGCACCAUACACACCAGCUAAUGGGAUGGCCCAAAACUCAAUCUGUCACCGUAUUUGGAGCACAGACAACUUCAAGAUCGGGCACGUAUUGGACUUCUCAGCAUUGGGCUCGAGGAUGGUGAUGGGUGUACCGAGCGCCCAGGGACCGAAGGUACAGACUAGUCUCAGCGAGCAGUCAAUGCAUAUCAGGAAGCGCAGUGAUAUGGGAGGAAGUACUUGGGACGGCACGGAUUCGGUUGGGUCGCCACCAGAUUCGAUGAACGAGCGGAGGGAGGUUUGGUAAGCUGGGCAGGUGAGGAUGUUGCUAGAUGCACCUCUAUUUCUGGAUAUCUUUAUCUUCAUUGGAUGUACGACACACUUCGUCAUCGGACUACAUGUAUCACUGUGACCAUCGGCUUUGCUGUCAUGAUUUUUGUUUUCACUUCCUGUAUACAGCUCAUGCCGUCUUUGAAGACGAUCUUUACACGGUUGCUUUUGUUGUUUUGUGGACCUAAUUUAUUGUCGAUUCAUACUGUACUGUACACUCUAUACGCUAUUCUAGUGCUGUGUAAACUAUAUCCUAUCUUACAUCGCAAAUGUAACGGACCUUCGC